AUGGCGCCAAUCAAGCUCAUAGAGUACUUCAGAGUAAAGCCGCGAUGGCUUUUCGUCAAGAUCACUGACGAGGAUGGGAGAGUAGGUUGGGGUGAGGGAACACUCGAGGGUCAUACUUUGGCAGUAGAAGGAGCAUUGGACGAAAUCAUUAUUCGCUUGAUCGGGCAGGACGCCAAGUUGAACGUCCCACUCUACGAACUGCUGGGAGGCAAGGUUCGAGAGAAGUGCCAGGUCUACUGCUGGAUUGGCGGCGACAGACCCGCAGACAUAGAAAAUGCUGCCAAAGCAAGGAAAGAGCAAGGUCUGACUUGCGUCAAAAUGAACGCUACGGAAGACAUCGGGUGGCUUGAUGAUGCGGCGGUGUUAGACGCAACAGUCGAACGCCUGAAGAUAGUCAAGGGUCUUGGUCUGAACGCCGGUCUUGAUUUUCAUGGUCGUCUACAUCGGCCAAUGGCUAAACAGCUAGCGAAAGCCUUGGAGCCAUAUCGACCCCUCUUUAUCGAAGAGCCAAUUUUGGUGGAACAUCCUGAAGCUCUCAAGCAGCUAGCAGCACAAACAAGCAUACCGAUUGCUCUUGGAGAGCGCUUGUACCAUCGUUGGGACGCAAAGCCGUUUUUUGAAGCUGGCUUGAUUGAUAUCCUCCAACCUGAUAUCGCUCAUGCUGGCGGUAUAUCAGAGACGAAGCGCCUGGCCAAUAUGGCAGAAACGUACGACAUGUCUUUGGGUAUGCACUAUAACACAGAAGCUGGUGAUAUAGACCUCAAUACGUACUUGAAGGACCAGUCAGUCUUCGCUAUCAACGGCGGACAUGUUGCGGCUCCCACAGGACCAGGAUUAGGCAUCGAAGUCGACGAGGAAAUGAUUCGCAAGAUAUCAGCCGAGACUCAGCCAUGGCCGCCAAAAGAGUUCUUUGGUCCUGAUGGCUCCAUCAGAGAGUGGUAG